GACUGCAAUAUCAACAAGUUGACUGUGUGUUUGCCAUACUGCACUGCCUCUUGACAUCGGUUCGCAAAAACGGGUUUCACAGCGGAUCAGUUCAAAAUGUAGCACGGAUGUAGAAGAUGGGAAAAUCCCAGGUGAAGCUGUGUAUGUCAUUUUAAUCCCGAGGGUUUGGCAGAUCCAGGAAAAAUGUGGAGAGAUGCAGAACAGGCACUGACUCUGAUGUGGCUCCUCUCUUGGGUCCCACACAGCAUGUGUAAUUCUCCACCAGGGAGGCCCAGAAUUACAAGAUGUCGGUCACCUGAGAAAGAGACCUUUACUUGCUGGUGGGAGCCUGGAUCAAAAGGCGGAUUACCCACCAGCUACCACCUAUAUUACAGAAAAGAGAGCUCCGUGGAAGUCUUUGAAUGUCCAGAUUAUCAUAAAGCAGGGAACAAUUCCUGCUAUUUUGAUAAACGACACACAUCUAUUUGGAUCAUCUACAACAUCACAGUGGUGGCCUCCAAUGCACUGGGACAAGCCUACUCAGAAUCUAUGGAAGUAGAUGUUAUGGAUAUUGUGCAGCCUCACCCCCCAAAGAAUAUGAAUGUGACUUUGAUGCAAAGCGAGAACAGUCCUUACUUCCUGGUGCAGUGGCAGCCCCCCCAGGAUGCAGACACACGUUCAGGCUGGGUCACAAUUAAAUAUGAAGUUCGCAUAAAAAUAGAGAACAGCAGAGACAAGGAGGACAGUGAGUGGGAGUCAUACAGUGCUGGAAAACAGUUGGAUUUGAGGAUUUACAGUCCUCAGCCAGGAGCAAACUACAUUGCACAGGUGCGCUGCAAACUAGACCAAGGACUGUGGAGUGAAUGGAGCCCCUCCGCUUUUAUCCAGAUUCCAGACAAAACCUCGGACACACAGAGUGUGGUUCUGCUUUUUGCUGUCACUCUAAUAGGCUUCAUUUUUCUCCUGACUGCAGGAGUGCUGGUGGUCAAGAAGAAAGAUGUGAAGCAUGUUUUACUGCCACCAGUUCCAGAACCGAAAAUCAGUGGCUUAGACACUCAGCUCCUUAAGAGUGGGAAAUCUGAGGAAAUCUUCAGCGCUUUGAUUUUCCAGGGUUAUCCUCAAAUAGCCCAUGGCUCUGAGCAUCAAGUGGAGUAUCUUGUGGUCUCUGACAAUUAUGAGGAAAUGGAGUUUGAUGGUAAAGCUCAUCUUGAGGACCAGAAGGAGAACUGUCCAACAGAUCAUCCUCAAGAGAUCCCCCAAAAUACCAUACAGAAACUACACAACACACAGAGUGAGCAGAUAAGCAGUCCUGCCCCUGGACAUGAUUCUGAGGACUGCAUACCUAUAUUAAAAACAACCCACCCUGGGACUACAUUCAGUCAACUAAGUGCCCCCAGCAUAGACCAUCUCAGCAUCCUGGGAGUAACUCAACAACUACUCAACGUCGACUGUAAUUGCUUACAACUAAAAGCACAUGACCACAAUGCAGCCGACACUCGUUUGAGCUCCUGCAGUAAAUGUGACAAUGACCAGAGAAAAGUCAGCAUUACCCCUGCCAGUCUUACGGGGUACGUUGAGGUGGAUGAAGAGAAAGCGCUGGUAGGGGAGGACUACAGUAUGGUCAGUGGCGUUAUGAGGGAUAAUAUCCUUGUAUUGCAAAAAGACAGCUCCCCUGAACAGGGACACAAAGAGGACAAAGCUUCUGAAGCUGAGGAGAAAGAAGGUGUCACUGAACCUCUAGGAUAUUUGGAAACUGUGAUGAUCUUGACUAAUUUGUGACCUCAAUGUAAAAGGUCUGGGAUUAUUAUUGAUAUUCAUAUUGUUCUGUGGAAACUGUCAAAGCACUUUUGCUAAAAUGUUUAAAAGCAUAUUUUAUGUUUAAUCUAUCAGUUGGAACAACGUGUGUCUUUGUUGUGUGAAAAAAGAGGUAAUUCUUCAAGUAAGUAAUUCAUACUAAUUGAUAUACACAAAGUCAAAGGUUUGGACACACUUUGUUUCUCAUGAUCUUAAAAACCUUUUGAUCCAAAGGCUCAUGCUUGAAAAGCUUUAGUUUUGCAUACACAUUGCGUCUAAAUAUGAAUUUCUUUACAAAACUGAAAUUUUAAUUAUUAUUUGUUUGGAGCCACACUGAGAAACCUAUAUCUCUGGGAUUUAACCAUAUAGGGUCUUACAAAUGAAGAUACACUUUAUGCACUCACAAUUGGCAUUUAAUGCUAGCAGGUUUGAUUUUGGCAAUAGACCUAUAUCUCUGUGUAAAAAUAAAAUGAUGAUGCUGCCACCUUUCUAGUUAUUUUCUGACUUGUAGAUUUGCUUCAAAAUUGUAUAGGCAAAAACUGUCAUUUUGACCCCCCUCUACAAAAUAAUGGUUCACUCAGUAAAUAUUGAUCCGUGGCAUUUAAUAUUUUAUCUUUCAUAAUCAUUUAUGUAUAUCUUUCACCAGUUGACACAGAAUGACCCUAUCAUUUUUUAUUUGUUUUUGGUCACGCUUUUGAAAAUACUAAAAUCAGUACAUCUGAGAUGAGAACAUAAUUAUAUUGCGUAAACUCCUAGUGAUAUUCAACACAGUCAUCAAACAGUGAUAAGAUCACAUUAAAUGAUAUGAAAUGUUAAAUGGAUUCAGACUUGAAGUGAUUUUCACUGCUUGCUAAACUUAUUUAAAAUGAGCUAAUGCAACACUAUUCUUUUGCAUUUGGUCUCAACUUAAUUUCAUUGUGUACAAUUAAUCUAUGUUCACUUAAUCCAGUUGCAUUUGAAUCCAUGUCCACAAUUAAGUUGAACCAACAACAACAAAAUUUCAGUGCAGUUCUUCAUAGUUUUGAUGACUUUAUGAUAAAUGAAAAAUUUUGAAAACAGUACUGAUAAAGAAUGACUGUGUCCAAACUUUUGACUAGUAGUAUAGGUGUUUCUCUAGUCUGUUGGCUUGCUCAUUAUGGGUUCAAAAACAGGAAGCUGGCGUAGAGGUCGAAAAAGAGAUAAAGAGGCAGUUAUGCUGCAGUUUCAUGGUCAGCGUUCUUAUUCCAAGCCAUCACACAUCGACCAACGGUUGUUAAAAAAUACCCCACUAAAGAUCAUUAUAUUAAUUGUUAAACCUUUUUUCAACUUCCUCACCACAGCAGACAAACUGAACUCAAGGAGUUGCCGUGAUUCUGCAAGAGAGUUUUUCUCAAUGCUUGCUGCUCAUUAUCUUUUGAAGUUGAUUGUGGUUUUUAUAGUUUCUCUGAAACUGUUGUAUUCAUACAUAGUUUAAAAAAUGAAACAGUUUUUCUAUAUUUAUUCACAGUGAUUAUGCAUACCAAACUGUGAGAUUUUUUUAACCAAUUAUUUUUCUGUUUAUUCAAGUCCUUUGAUUCAAUGUUAACAUCAAUAUUCAGUCAGCAAGUCUCAAUGAAUAUAUCAUUCUGAUUCACUACUAGUUCUUCUACUUUAUGCAAUUUGUUCAUCUUAAAGACACUAACUAGAAUCAAGACUACUAAUCUACGCAACAUGCCAGCACAAGAGGGUUCUCAAAGCCUAACUACUGUCAGAGCUUAACCAAACACAAGAGCAGUCAGUCAAGGAGCAGAACGGUCUGGCGGCCCUUUGAUGUCGUUUUUCAUCAUUACUGAAAGCCCCAGACAAACUAGUUACAGCAGUAGAUGCAGAAAGGUCAGGAGGUCCCAUCACGGAACAUUUACAGUCUGCAGUUCAACAGUAAAGAGUUACUUUAAGUCAAACAUUGACUGAACAUUACACAGGGACAAACAUUUUCUUCCAUACUGAAAAAAAAUGGAAGUACUGUAGUUUGAAUUUUUAGCCCUUUAAAUUGAGCUUUUUGUGCAGCUUGAAAUUAGAAUUCAAGCAACCAAUUUUGUUGUUGUUGUGGUGAAUACCUGUUCUUUUUGUUUGUGAUGUGACUGCUUAAGAAAUGCUAAUAUUGAGUUAAUAUUGAGUUGCGUAAUAAGUUUGAGUACAGAGAGCAUGGGUUUAUAACUUACGUUCUUGCACAGAUGGUGGAAUGUUCUGUAUAUUGAAGUCGUGAUCCACUGUUGGUCAAAGUCCAGAGACGACGGUUUUAUUCUUAAGCAUAACAUUUCAAUAAAUACCAGUUUUGCUGUAAUUUAUAGUCAAGCUUCAAGAAAAACAUGUUUUUUAAAUAGUUUUCUUUCUUAGUUGAAAAAGUUCUUACUUUGAGAACCCGCACUGCUGUCUCUAGUCCCCAUUCACUUUAAUUGUAUGAAAAAUAAAAGCAGAAUGGACAUUGGGCCAAAUAGCUCCCUUUGUAUUCCAUGCAAUAAAGUCAUAUGGGUUUGGAAUGACAUAAGGGUGAGUAAAUGAUGAUAGAAUUUUCAUUUUUGGGUGAACUAUCCCUUUAAAAGUAGCAUAAAGGCAGCAUAAAAGUAAUCUAUACAUCUCCAGUGGUUAAAACCAUAUCUUCAGAAAUAAAAAUGCAAUUAUACUUUUUAUUAUAUGUUUAUAGAUUAGACUAUUAAUCUCCACUUACACAUUCACAUUCUUCUACUUUUGUUUUUGGUGAUUCACAUUCUUUGUGCAUAUCGCCACCUACUGGGCAUGGAGGAUAAUUUAUAGUAAAAAAGGACUUAAAUAUUGACCCGUUUCUCACCCACACUUAUCAUAUCCCUUCUGAAGACAUGGAUUUAACCACUGAAGUAAGAUGGAUUAAUUUUAUGCUUCCUUUAUGUGCUUUUUGGAGAUUCAAAGUUCUGGCCACCAUUC